AUGAAUAAUAGGUUGGCUAAUUUAGAGAGGAUUUUGGAGCUGACUCCUCUUUCUGCUAGUAGAUUUGUCACUAGCUAUUUGCCGGCAGCUCCUUUUGGUGGGAAGGGUACUUUUGGUGGUACACUGGUUGCACAAGCGUUGCUAGCAGCCUUGUAUACGGUUCCUGAGGAUUUCGAACCUACGUCGUUGCAUGGCUAUUUUGUCAAUGCAGGGAAUCCAUCGGUUAUGAUCCAGUAUCAUGUUUCUGAUCUAAGGCAUGGUCGUAAUUUCAUCCAUAAGCAAGUAAAGGGUUACCAGCACGAAAAAGUGGUCUACACGGCGAUGAUUCUGUUUUCUGCAAAGAAAACUCACGAUUCGUUACAUCAUUUUAAGAAAUUGGAUGUCAGUAAGUUACCAAAGGUCAGCAGUUUCUAUCGUGCAGAUGAGUUAUUCGAAGAAUCUGUCGGGAAAAAAGUCAAGAAUUAUCAGAAUUUAAAUGAGGGCUUUCAGGAUCUGACCUAUGUAGAUAGAAAUAUCGAAAACUUCAAACAUGGUGUCCUGGACUACAGAUUCCCAAAGGACCUUUUUUACUCGAAUAAAAAAUACGAUCUUUUAAGGUAUUAUAUCAAUUGUAGACAACACGUAACUAAGGUUUACAGAAGGGACAGAUAUGAAAAGAUAACCCCGGCUAAUGAUCCAAGAUACAGUUAUGUGGCGUUGGCGUAUUUAUCGGACUCGUAUUUCCUAUUUGUUCUGCCAUACUUCCACAAUUUACCAAUCUACUCACAUAAGUUCAGUGUCUCUUUAGAUCAUUCCAUUCAUUUCCAUCAGCAACCAGAUGUAAACGAUUUCUUACUGUUUGAAAUAAGAAACCCUAGAUCUAACUUGGACAAGCAUCUCAUGGAGGGUGAGUACUUUAGUCGUAAAACUGGUGAAAUUGUAGCAAGCGUGGUUCAAGAAGGUUAUGUUGUGUACGAUCGCGAAGAAGAGAUAAGGGCAAAGUUCUAA